AUGGAUCCUCAUUGUAGACGGAGCGGGAAAAGGCGUUUGCACUUUUUAUCUUUGAGUUUCAUCCUCAUUUAUCAAGGUGAGUCUCCUCCUCAUCACACACCUGUCCGACCUGAGAAACAGAAGAAACAAAGAUGGUUUGAUGGUGGAAGGGGAAAAAUAGGGGAAAGUUGUUUUACAUAUUUUAGAUUUAUUUUCUCUUUAAGAUCGAAAUAAAGGUUUUAAGCUUGCACCUGUGUUUUUUUUUUGUUCAUCUACUCUUGGACUGAAUUUAAUAUCUUUUAAAAUGUAAUUAUUUCUAGAUCUCUUCUUUUAUUCAGCCUUUUUAUUGUCUUGAUUUCAGCUCAUCUGUCCUGGGGUGUUGAGAGAGUGAACCGGUCUCAUUGGGAUCAGUUUAAUAAGUGAGUUAUUUCCCCCUUCUAUAUUUAAGUGUCUGUUUUUUUAAUAGUUUUAUCAGCAUUUUAAUGUUUUUAAUCACCUGUUUAUGGCUGUUUGAUAUAUUUUCAUGGUUAUUUUUUUAUAUGCUUAUCAGAUGUUUAUAACCUCAACUUUAAUCAUUUACUUUUAAUUUGCUGUUUAGAAAAAUGGUAAUUAAAGUUUUGAGGACCGCAGUAACUGGAUGAAUCAGUAUUGAUCACAAUGACACUGAAAACUAGGAUUAUAAUUUCAUUGUGGAUCUAAAAGAAAAUUAUUGUUUGUUGCUCUUUAUAGUCGAAUAUCUCCAGUUUCUUCAGUUUUUAAUCAUAGUAAGAUAAUGGAUGAUUUUUUUUAUAUACUGUCUCAACAGUUUGGAAACAGAGGAAGCUUUUAUUCUUUUUUUAACACUAACCAGAUGAUUUGUUUUAGGAAAUAAUCAAACUGAUCAUUGAAAGUACUGUCACCUGUAUCCUUUGUUCAAACUUCAGACACGUCUUUGUCGUCUGAAUUCAUAGAGAGACCUCUCCUCUGUUGAUGGAUGUUUUUUUUUUUUUGUGGUUCUUUGGUUUUUGAUGGUUUGGUUGGUUCCUGGUUGGUUCCUGGUUGGUGGUGGGUUUGUGGUGUCAGGGGGUGAAAGCUGCAGCAGGAACAAACCUCUCCUUGUUCUCUCUGUCCCAGCAGCGGGAGCAGCAGGAUAAAGCAGCAGAAAUGGGACACCGCUUCCCAGGGAGGGCAGGUAGGCAGCCGCAUUGAUCACUGAUGCUGAUGGAGCUGCUUCAGGCAGCAAAUACACAACCAGAGACCCGCACCCCAGAAAAGCCUGCAGCGCUCAGUCACACCAAAACACAGGAGUGAAGAGGCGAACAGAGCUUUACCAAACCUGACAGAGCUUCGAUCAAACAAUUCAUUCAGAUCAUUUCACUAAAUCCACUUUGGACUUCCAAUUAUGUAAACUUCAGAUCAGACACUCUGACUUACAAAGAUGUAGACAUGUAAUUUAAUGCAGAAGAUUGAAGAACAAACAGGAAUUAAAGUAUAAAAAAACUGAUUUAAUGUAAUUCUUUGAGUAGAGAAACGGCAGGAGAGUUUUAGAGCCAGGGAGGAAAAGAAAAUAAGAAUAAGGGAGAAAUUUCAAGACGAGACGAGAUUUCAUUGCAAGAAAAAAAGUCAACUUUUAAUGUUGAUAAAAACUUUAAUUUGAUUAAAGGAAAAUGUUGAUGAAGUAAAAAAAAAACAAAACAAAUUUAACAGACCAGAGUUUAAAGAGACAGGGGUUAAUAUAGUUCUUUUCAAUAUUUAUGUUUGAUAGAAAGAGAAGCUGAUCGUCCUGAGAAAAAGUUCCCUGAAGAUAGAAGGAUAGAUAGAUAGAUAGAUAGAAUGAUAGAUAGAUAGAUAGAUAGAAGGAUAGAUAGAUAGAUAGAUAGAUAGAUAGAUACUUUAUCUAUGAUGAAGGAAAUUCAGUUUCUCAGCUGCACAAAUCUGAAAAGUAGACAUUAAACUUAAAGUUAAUGUGUAAUCAUCGGCUUGUAUCAUAAACUGAUUUAUGAAGUCAUAAACAAUGAUAAGUUCAACAUUUAAAGUGAAGAGUGUGUACUAGGUCACCCAGCUGAGGCGUAAAUGACAAACAGCAUGUGUCCACUUCUUCUCCUCUGCUGGAUUCGCUGCGUCUGUGUAACAAACAGAUCAGGCCUUCUUUAUUUUAUCUGCUGCUUAUCCUACGAUAACGAGUAAAACUCUCGGAUUGGUGUCAGAUGAGAAGACCACAUAAGACAUCUUUGGUUGAACAUGUUUGUGCUUCUUGGGCUGGUUAAAAACUCUGAAGAGUGAACUGGCUUGAUUAACCCGUGUGUUUGAUUCAGAAUUGACUUUUAAUUUACACAUGAGCAGCAUGAAGGAAGCAUUAACCUGUGAGUGAAGGAGCAUUUCAACCUGACAUGGUUUUAUGUGCAUUUGUCAACAUUAUCAUUUAUUUAUGGCUACGUAGAUUUUUCUCUUUUUUCCUGACGCUGUGACCGUUUCUCCAAAUGUGUAACAAAAAAAAAAAACAGCACCCUCUUCAGUUAAUUUAGUCCCUCAUCCCUGACCCUGAUACUCAGAUUCAGUUUGUCAUUAAGUUGUAGUAAAAUAUGUGUAAUCUUGGUUAAACUGUGUGGUGGCUGCAGUUAACUUUAGCUUUUAAAGUGUUUUAUUAAAGUUGUGACUUCUUUUCUAUAAAUCAAGCAAGAAUACCAGAAUAAAGUCUCUGAAAAACACAUAUUUCUUUUCAAAUGUCCCCUGAGAUCAGGCUGAAAUUCAACCUCGAUGACACAAACUGAUAGUGACUGAAUAUAUAUCGUAUGUUUCCUUUUUUUCUUACCACUGUCGGAGUAUUAAUGUGCUCCGCAGUGACAUUUUGUUGCCAUGUGAUGAGGGUCCCAGCAGGAAUAUACAGUAGCUGCUCUGUUGUCUCAGUCUUCCUCUAUCUGAGCCCCCAUCACCCUGAAUGUGGUCGCUCCCUUUGUGCUGCUUCCCUUUGGCUCAGAGAGGCGUGAGAAUCUGGUCCAAGCAGUCAGGGUUAGGAAACCAACAAAGCAAUUAGUAGCACAGGUCGCAGGUCACCGGUAAAGAGAAAAGUCUAUCUCACGUCAGAUCUCUGAGACACCGUGUCUAUAGCUUUGUGAUGUCUGGGUCACGAUCUGCAGGGUCUGGUUUGACCUGUUUGGUCUCAAUAUCUCCUGAUACUGAUCAGGGAUUGACGAAUUGUGGUCAAACAUCGCUCGUUUACCUCUCACUCUCUGCCCUGAUGUCUGCUUUGUCUCUGCGUUUUGAUGUGAAAGUCUCAGUUUGAGAACUCAGGUGUCCAGGAGGAAACACUUCUCAACUCCUGUUCCUCAAAAAGCAGUUUUUUGUUCAAUAUCCAUCCCUGAAAUUCCUAAAUUCACCAUCCCAAUGUCAUCCAAAAAAAUCAGGAUUUCCUCCAGAGUUUUAUUCUCUAUUCAGAAUUUUAAUGUCAGCAGCUCUUCUUUGCAAACCUCAAAAUUUUGAGAGGAAAAGUCGUAUUUAUGUUCAACAAACUACUGUGAAAAUCUCUCGCUGCUGUUUCCAUUCGACUAAAAGAGGACAGACACAAGGGGGAGAAGGUGGUAGAGAGGGUGGGGUUGUAGACCUGAUGGGAACGCUGAGUUGGAGUCGUUAAUGAAGACCGGAUGACAGCUCUUUUCUCUCAUGCCUCUUCUUUUCCCAGCGCUGCCUCGGUUCCAUCCUCACCACUUUGGAUCUGGUUUUGGCAACAAUCAGAGUAAUUCUGGGAGGAAUUUUUGGCCCCAUACAAACGAGAAAAAAGAGAAGAAGUAAAAGCUUGAGUGUAUUUUAAUUAAAUCUUUAUGAACCCGUCAUUCGAGAGCAGAGCUAGUUUUUCAGAUGUUGCUUGAUAAUAUUUUAGUCAUAGUUUUAAUUAAAAGAAUCAGACUGUGUUACAAGGACCUAACUUUGGCUUACUGUUACCUAACACGCCUUGCCGAACGAUGCCGUAGCCAGAAGUUAAAAUGAUCAGAUUUGUUGGAUCAGGAUGGAGGAGCUGCUGACAUGUUGUUCGGCUAGAUGUGAUUAUGGCGGCAUGACUGAAUGGUUGCAACAAAGGCAUGGGCUGGUUUCCGAUUUCAAGUCUGUCACUGGUCAAGAAAGUCAUUGCUCAUAAACCAGCGAUCAAAUAUUUUCAGUCAUGUAUUCCUACCUCAAAGACCACACAACCCCAUGUUGAAAACUCGAACUUUCAGGUCAUCAAAGAAAGGCUAACCCGGGAUUUCCACCGCAUCUGGAACGGCUCCGAUCCGGAUUUGCUGCGAUUUUCGCCGUACGCCAGUUCCGCCAACGGAUCUGUUUGUGAGGCAAAUUUCGUGGUGGAUAACGGACAGAAGGAAUUGCAAGAACUUACAAGAACCUGCAGAUUCACACGCAAUAACAAGUUGUCGUUAGCCACAUAGGCUAACCAUAUAAGCAGUAGAUUGUGUCCUUCCAGGGGAGGAAAUCUACUUCUAAACUUCUAGAAUCAGCAUCUCCUCAUCCAUGGUGUCAUCGGGGUGAAAUGACGUCUAAAAACCUUUCACUUGUUUGUCCCCGCCUGUUUGCAUGGUGUGAAAUACGAGUGUUUUAUUUUGAAAAGAAGCCGGAUGUUUUAUUUUGUGUCUGUGCCCGACUUCCUUUCCAGCACGGGUUAAUCUGGGCGUCCAGAAAAAAUAGAACCCUUGCAAUCAGCUGCGAAGUCUGACGAUCCGCAGAGGAACGGAAAGAAGUCGGUGAAAAUUGACAAAUUUAUUGAACGGCUACGAUCGGAGGAUACGACCUUUUCGUAGCCGUUUCGGAUGCGGUGUAAAUUGGGACUAAGAAAGGAUAUUGUGAAAGCGAGAUAAUUUUUUCCUCAGUUGCUUCUAACACAGUUUCUCUCCUUGAAGGACCUUCAAAAGGAAGCUGCUUUGUCAGAAACCAGCACAUCUGUCUUCAACCGCUCACAUGUCAGCUGGACUGCCAUGUCCAAUCUGACAUCCAAUCAGACGCUCUUCACCACAGCUAACACGCCAAACUCUUCAUGGACCCUCAACUCUGACGAAACGUCUUUAACAUCCGCUUCAACAUCAGGAGCAGGAUCAUCCAGCCAGUCAUCAGACAGCAGAAGUUCAGCCAGUCAAGAAGAAGUGACAACAGAAUCACCAUCCAGCCAAUCACCAACAACCACACCAUCACCCAGCCAAUCAACACAAACUGAAGCAUCAAACAGCAAAUUACCAGGCAGCACAAUACCAUCCAGCCACUCAUUAACUAGCUCAGAAAUAUCCAGUCAAUCACCUGAUGCCACAACAUCAACUAGCAAAGUAAAAGAUAGCACAAACAACACAACAAGCCAAUCUCCACAAUCCAGCCAAUCACCUCCAACAGUAUCACCAUCCAACCAAUCACCAAGCAGCGUUAAAUUAGCCAGCGAAUCAUCUAGUGGCCCAAUAUCAUCCAGAAAAUCAGAAACCAGCACAAUAAAACCCAACACAUCCCCAGAUAGCACUAUGACAUCCAGCCAAUCACCAACCAGAAAAGCACAAACUAGCCAAUCACUUGAAAGCACAACACAGUUCAGCCAAUCGGGUUCAACAACAGUCCUAUCCAGACCAUCAAAUUCCAGUGAGUCACAAUCCAGCGAGACACAAACUAGCCAAUCACCAACAACCUUAUUAUCACCGAGCAGCACAAGCCAGUCAUCAAACAGCCAAACAACAACCAGUCAGUCACAAACUAGCAUAACAAAAAGCACCAAAUCACCAGGCAGCACAGAACCACCAAACAAGUAUCUUUCUACCACACCAACAGUCAGCCAGUCCCUGGACAGAACAACAUCCCCCGGCCAAUCAAGAACAACAACCAACACACCAGCCAGCAAAUCACCAGGCAGUGCGAAAGAUUUCAGCCAGUCAUCAUCAACCACAGAGAGAGCCAGUCAGUCACCACACAACACAAAACAGUCUGACAAUUCUCUGAACACCAAACAACAAAACAGCCAAUCAUCAGCAGCCCCAGCAAUGAUGGGCCGUUUUCCGACGGCCUCAACAUCAGCAAGCCAAUCAGCAAGCAGCUCUCUUCCCCCCAGCCAAUCAUCAAAGAGCAAACCACCAGGCAGGACAAAGACUGACAACCAGUUAUUGGAAAGUCCAACAACGUCUGUCCAAUCAAAAACAGGCAGUUUACCAACCAGCCAAUCACCAACAACCAAAACAUCUGUCCAAUCUAAAUCAGGCAAUUUACCAACCAGCCAAUCACCAUCAACCAAAACAUCUGUCCAAUCUAAAUCAGGCACUUCAUCAACCAGCCAAUCACCAUCCACCAAAACAUCUGUCCAAUCCAAAACAGGCACUUCACCAACCAGCCAAUCACCAUCAACCAAAACAACACCUGGUCAAUCUAAAACAGGCAAUUCACCAACCAGCCAAUCACCAACAACCAUAACAUCUGUCCAAUCGAAAACAGACAGUUUACCAUCCAGUCAAUCCCCGUCAACUAAAACAACACCUAGUCAAUCUAAAACAGGUUCUUUACCAACCAGCCAAUCACCAACAACGAAAACGACAGUCAGCCAAUCACCAAAUGGUGCAUCGCCAUCCACCCAAUCAUUAACAACCAAAACAUCAAACAGCCAGUCAUCAACUAACCAAUCACCAACCCUUAUACCAGUGGGCCAAUCAACGAGUAGAAAAAUAACCCCCAGCAGUUCACCAUCCAGCAGACCAUCAGACACAGAUCCAUCAGGCAUCAAGACAACAGGCAGCCAAACGUUAACUAGAAGAACCAAAACCAGUGAGACACCGACAAAGAUAUCAACAGUCAGUCAAAUACCAACCAGCACAGUGCCCACUAACUUAUCAUCCAGCCAAUCACAGCUCAACUCAGUGCCAGCAACAGAGUCACCUGACAGCAAAGUGCCAAACAAAACAUUAUCCGACCGUUCAGCUGACAGUGUUUCAAAAUCCAGCCAAUCACUGAUGAGCCAAACAUUUAACCAAUCAUCAUUCACCUCAACGUCGUCUUACCAUCCGCCAACUACUUUAGUCCAAACACAUCAAUCCAUCAACAGCUCAAACCCUUCACACCAACCUGAUUCAACAGCAUCUGACCAAUCCCUGACCAGCUCAGUACAGUCAAACCAGUCCACACCAGGAUCUGCAGGAAACACACUCAGUGGAGCCGUGUCACCUGAGGAACGUCUAGUUAACAUGUCAGUGCUGACCAGGCAGGCGAAGGAAGCCCUCAAGUCGUUCCGCAGGAUCCCAGGUACGUUUUUAGCAUGAAUGUGUGGUGAGGGUAUUUGUUUUGGAAAUACGACAUCUCGAAUCAAACGAGGAUUAAAACUGAAGGAAUAACGGGGAACAUUUGAGCAGUCCGUGUCUGGUUUUCAACUCGGCACUGUCAGUAUCCACAAUUCAGAUCAGCAGGAAGGAGGUAAGGCCUGGGUGUCCAGUUUAAAGGGAUAUUCCGGCGUAAAAUGAGUUUAGGGUCAAACACACCAUAACACUGAGUUAGACACCCCCUCCAGAGAUGAAUGUUGUCGACCGCUUGCUUCUCUAGUUAUACCAACUUUAGUAACGACCACAGGAUAGCCAUACACAGCGGUCUGAGGAGCCAUAAACAAACCUCAACCAAAACGCCACUCCAUAGCCACAAAUAAUGCUCAGAACAGCACCUAACUUCAUCAACAGGACAUAUAGGGUCACAGACAUAGUACUAGACACCGAACAUCUUUUUAACUUUGACUCAUUUCUUUAGCAAAGAGACUAAACACAACUCACCUACCCUCUUCCAGCAGCCGAUUGUUUGUAGUGAGACCUCAGGCCAGUCCAUUAUGGACUACAGCGGGGUGCCGCAGCUCAAGGAAGAACAUUUAUGAUCAUUUCUUUACCAUUUCCUUGAAGUAAUUAUCACCGUAUUGAUCAUUCUUCACUGCAGACGUGGUAGUUCUUCUGCCUUAGCGUCUCGGUCUGAUUGUAUUUCCAUGAAGAAAUCGUCAUAAAUGUUCUUCCUUGACCUGCGUCACCCCGCUGCAGUCCGCAGUUUGAGUCCUGUUGGAAAAUAGACAUGCCCGAAACUUUGAAAGUGUCCCCAGCAUCCACAGAUCGUUAUGACAUUUGACAGAUAUUCUCAUUGGUUUUGCUGUUAAGAGCUGGACAGACUGGUACCAGUUUCAGUUAAAGUCUGAAGACCUGUUUGCUUGAUUUAAAGACUGUAUCAGGGUAAAAGUCAAAUAGUCUAUAGACCAUAAAACAUGCCUCACAUUUUAAAUUCCUCUUACAUUUUGUAUGACAUUUAACACAAACUAAAUAAAUGAAAUAAAAACAGCCUUUCUAACUGAAACACGCAGCUAUAUCAUUUAAUCCUCAACAUUAAACGUAUUUCCCAUAAAAUUGAAUGUUUCCAUGACGACAUGGACAAAAUCAUCAACACUGGGACAAACCAGUGAAACUCAGGAGGUGGUCUGCAGAUCAACCUGCAGCUGUGUAAUACAUAAACAUGUUUAAUGAUUCAGUGUUGACUUUAUUUAUCUUCAGGAACAAAUUAAAAAAUUUAGAUAUUCUGUAUUGUCCGGACUGUAAGUCGUACUUUUAUCAUAGUUUACCUGUGUUUGAGACUUAUACUCAGGUGCGACUUAUAGUCCGGAAAAUACAGUACUUAUGAAUUUAACAUAUUUCUAUAACAAAGUCUAACCUGCAGCUGUGUAAUACAUAAACAUGUUUCAUGGAUUUGGUGUCGACUUUAUUUAUCUUCAGGAACAAAUGUAAAUGUAGACACAUAUAGACCGUAUACAGAAAACAGGUUUGUUCUGUGUCUCCCGUCCUAAAGAUACUGCUCUGUAGAAUUAUAGGAUCGUCUGUGUAACACUGAAGAUCUGAGCGGUUUUCUGUCCUGAGAGGCUUUCAGUCAUCUCCUACCAGUCUGUGAACACCAGGAGGUCGGUAAAUGUGGCUCAACAAAGUAACCCGUAUAUCUAUCUCACCAGCCCCCCUCCCCCACAGAGACCUGAAGGAACACACCUUUUAUCUGAUCCAUCGAUCCCACCCCCCCACAAACCCCUGUAUGGUACCACGGCUGAGUGGGCAGACAAGCUGUAAGCCCACUGAGCAGAUGGUGUUACUGCAGGAUGAGAGCCCCGGUUUGGUGGUGCGUUCAGGGACCGGAACAUUUGUUAGGGCCCCUCCUCUCCAUAUGGAUCCUGACGAGAGGGGGAGGGAAACUUUCUCUCAAGACUCUGGUCUACAGAAACUCACUUAUUUACAUAAACUACAUACAUUUACAAUUUACAUAAACAACACAAAGUAAAAAACUUCGUUGGCCUCGUUGUCGCGCUGAAUUCUCUGGUUUCCAGUCGGACGUGCAGCCCUGUAAUUGUUUAUUUGUUGUUUCCUUUCAGCCGAGCCUUGUGUGUAUCCCUGCCUAAAUGGGGGACAUUGUGUGCAGUCAGAGUUGUGUGACUGCAGUCUGUAUCAGGCCACCGGACACAGAUGUCAGACAGGUAAGAAACACACACCUGUAAGUUCACUUCAGUGUGAGCAACAGUCAUCAUCAUUAAAACACAGAUCAGCUGUCAUCCUGGGAAGUAUUUGGACUACAAAAAAACAUGGACGCCAUCAGAUUGGGAUCAGCUGUCUGUUUCUGAAAAAGAGUUUUACUCCAAAGAUGGCGUCGCGUGACGGAAAUGCUGACUCAGCUUUACUUUUGGUCAGCUGAGAAAAAAAGGAGAGAAAGUUCAGAUGGACGUUAAACCUCCUGUCAGAAAGCUGCCAUUCUUUUAAAAAUGUAGAUAUACUGUAUUGUCCGGACUAUAAGUCGUACUUUUAUCAUAGUUUGGGGGGUUUGUGACUUAUACUCAGGUGUGACUUACAGUCCGGAAAAUACAAUACUGAUAAAUAUUCAAUAUAUUUAUUACAAAGUCUAUUCAAAAUACCACACACACCACCUUUAAGUUUAUUAACAGAUGUUAAAUUAUAUUACUGUAUAAUUUACUAUUAAAAAAACUACUAAACUACUAAAAACUACUAAAACUAAAACUACUAUUACUUAUAUUAAUAUAAUUAAAAUUAUAUUAAUAAUAAUAGUAAUUAUUAUUAUUAUUAUUAUUAUUAUUAUUAUAAAUAUUAUUAUAUUCAUAUGAUAUGAAUAUAACUUUUAAAAGAAAUUCUUUUUUUUCAGUCAUAAUGUUAAUUUAGAGUUUCUCAUGAGACACAGUUUUUCGUCUGUUUAAAAAUACGCUCAAUUUUACCGAAACUCUUCUUUUAAAGUUUCAGACAAACUCAAACAUUCUUCAAUACUGUAAAAAAAACACAAAAAAAACCCACGAAAUCAGAACAGCUCUAUGUCUCUGUUUGCAUCAAAGUUCAGAGAUUUUUGGACUUUAUCAGCUUCAGGUUUUGGUUUUGCAGAACUUUAAUUCUUCGGUUUAACUUCUGCUCCUCCGGGAACGUCAUCUUCUUUCAUGGACCUUCUGUAGUUUCAGAACCGUUUGUUUCUCCUCAUCCACCUCCUCAGUUCCAAACACGGGCUUUGAGAGGGAGAUGACAUGCAGGUCGUGGGGUCAGUACAACUUUGAGACCUUUGACGGGCUUUACUACUACUUCCCCGGUCGGUGCACGUACACGCUGCUGAAGGACUGCGAGGAAACCACCCAGGCCAGCGUUGAGGUCCAGGUGAGCAUAAAUCCCUCCGACUCUGAGCUGUCCAGAAAGUUUCAGUCCGCCGCCUUCCUCCACUCCACUAAAGUCUGUACAUUCUGCUCUCAAACACACACAGUCUCUUUUUUUUUUGUCCGACCUCUGCCAGGUCGAGUCUCUGCCUGAGGAGAAGAUUUGCUCUGAAGAUUAGUGAAAGCUAUCUGGUUAUUAGAGUCAAUUACCAUUAAAUACUGCAAUUACCCAGAAUGCCUUGAAAGCAUCCGCAACAGACCGAGACUUUGUUCCCCUGAAAAGGCAGCAGAUGGAUACAGUAUCUGUGUAUGGGAAAAGAAAGAGAGCGCACAUUAAAAGAGACUGUAGCUGAUGAUCGGGAGUGAAUGACCUGGAAGAGAAGAGACACAAACGCAGAACUCAGAACCAGAACCAGAACCAGAAUCAGAACCAGAACACUGAACCGUCAGCAGAGACACCAAAAAGGCUUUAAAUGUCUCGACUCAGGAUUCUGGGUUAAAACGAGCCGUAAAGGCAGAGCUGGAGAUAAAACUGUCGGCUCUUUUCUGAUCAGCUGGUGAAGGUUGUUUCUGUGAGUCACGAUAAAAACACAAAAGAAAACAAAACUUUAUUCUUAAUGUCUUUUUCUUUGAUGAUAAAUUAAUCAGACGAGUUUGGAAAAGAUAACAAAAAGAUAACGGGGAAAAGUUUGAGCUUCGAUUUUGAGCUUUACGCAGAAAAAGGAAUAAAAGAAACAAAGAAAACCCAAAUCUACCCAAACCCAACCCCUUAUUCCCACCCCAGGAUCUAAACGCAACAGAAACAGAAUUAAAAUACAUGAACUUAAAAAGGGCUUUAAUGUGCGCACUGAGGAAACGUCAUUUUAAAACUCAAGGUAAACACUGGAGGUUAAAAUCUUAAAAUAAAGAAACAGAAUGAAAUUUAGGAAAUAAUAAAUAAAAUGAAAUAAAAACAGUAAAACACACUAAAAUAAGAGCAUCAAAACAGCUCAAUAAAAGACGAUCCUGUCGUUAAAACUAGAAAGAGAUAAAUAUUAAAACACUUAAAGUUAAUGAUAUAAAAUUAAGUUAAAAGUAAAACUAAAAGGGUUUGUUUUCAGUUUGGUUUUAAGUUGUUAAGAUGAAGUCCUCAGGUCUUCAGGUCAGCUGUUCCACAGACGAGGCCGUAGAAGUAAAAAGAUGUUUUACCGUACGUCAUGGUUUUAACUUUAAUAAUGUUAACAGAGAAAUUCCUGAAGACCUGAGGACUCGACCUGACUCAUGAAAAGGGCUAAAGCCAUGAAGAGCUUUAAAAACCAAUAAAACAACCUUAAAAUCGAUUCUAAAAGAGACGGGGAGCCAAUGCAGAGACCUUAAAAUCGGUGUCAUGUGAUCUCUCUGUCUGGUCCUGAAAGGUUCGUGGUUGUGAAUGAAGACACUAAAAAGCUGUUAUCUUCAGUGUUUUAGAUUAAAAAGGAGGAUUAGGUUCAUUUACUGAACAAUCAGAAAGCUUUAACUUUUCUACUUGGUCCGUUAAACCCCCAGACGGCCAUCAGGGGGCGCUGUUUCAGUUUAGGCGUCACUUGGACGGUUGUUGUUCGUGGUUUCCUGCGGUCUGUCGUUUAUUCUCCUCUCUAUCGCAGGUCCACAACGACCCGGGCUGCCUCUCUGAACCUUACACCUGCCAACGAUCCGUCAGCCUCUUCCUGCCCUGGGAGGGGGAGGUUCGGCUGCACGCCACCAAUGUCACAUUCAAAGGUCAAAGGUCAGUUGCAUUAGAACAAACAGACAGACUUUCAUAUUUCUAAACACUGGAAGUCCGUCAGAGUAACGGUGCGUUCACUGUCUCCGUCUUCAGUCUGCAGCUGCCCUCUCACAUCCACGACCUGCAGCUGGAGCAGAUCUCGCAGUACGUCCUGGUGACGCAGCAGCACGGCUUCACGCUGGCCUGGGAGGGACGCAGCGGCUCCGUCUACAUCAAACUCAGCCCGGAGUUCGUGGGCAGAACCUGCGGUCUGUGUGGAAACUUCAACGCCGACGUCCAGGACGACCUGAAGACCAGUUAUGGUGAGACUGAUGGAUCCUGCUCCUUUCUCGGUGGAGAAGGAGUCAGAUGAUGAGCGCCCCCUGUCAGCAGACUGAUCAGAGCGCUCUCUCCGUCUCAGGUGUGCUGACUCAUCAGAUCGAGAUGUUUGGGAACAGCUGGGUGGAGACUGAGCCGCACCAGACCAGGUGUCCCAUGGUGCCUUUGGGCUUCCCUGCUCCUUGUGCAGCUGUUGAUGAUCACGUCCUGCUGGUGAGGAGUUCCAUCAGAGAGGAUUCCCAUUUUAUAUAAAUAUACGUAUAAAUGAUAAAUGAGGAGUUCAAAUGUGUGUGUGUGUGCUGUUUGGACUGCUGCAGAAGGUGGAGGAGGUGUGUGCCAGGCUGCUGGAUCCGCCUUUUCAGAGCUGCCAUGACUUCGUCAGCCCGCUGUCCUACAUGGCGAGCUGCUCCAACGACCUGUGCAGGUAAGACCGCCGGACUCGCCGACAUCCUGCAACGCCACUUCAUGAAACUUCACAUGUGUGUACAUGCUUUAUGUAACCCUCUGUAGUCGGUUCCCCAGCUGAACCGCUCCAGUCCAAAAGUCUGGCUCCGCCCCCUUCUGCCCUUCCUGACCUCAGGUUUUGGUAUCAGAGAUCAUUUCACUCUCAGCUGGACGAAGGUUACUCCGACUCCAGGCUGGGAUCCAACUGUUUAUACUGGGAACUGAGUCCAGUUCAGGUUUUGGAUCUGGGUUUGGAGUCUUCAGUUUAACACUUAGAACUCUGCUGGAUCUCCGUCGACCCCACGUGACGUCAUUAAUAUAGUUCACAGUUUCUCAGGAACUAUACCGUGUAUCUCUAUAAGAUUAAAAGUGUUGAAAAAUUACCCUUUUGGCGAUCUAUCGAGGGUUUCCAGACAUUUCUACACCUGCCACAAGGUUUACAAUCCAGCCUCAAAAACAGGAGUUUGAUCAGAGACGAUUGAUGGUUAAUGAGCAGUGAUAUACGGUGAAAACAGGAUUAUUGAUCAGAUUGUUGUGAUAAAAAAAGAUCAUUUAAUUCUGCUAAUGUCUUCCAGGUUUGACGGUAGUGUCCAAUAAGAGACAAGAAAGUUCCCUGCUUGUCUGUAAAAUCAGAAAUAAUGUUCCUCAAUGUUUGGAAACAAGUAAAGAAGAGACUCUGAGCAGUCUGAUGUGGUCCUCUGUCUCAUCCCAGGAGUGGCAGAAACAACUGUAAAUAGUAAAAAACGCCUGAAGAAUGAGUGUAAAUAUGUCGAUAGUUUCUGUUGUGUGUUUGUUCCAAUCCCAAUAUUUCUGCUCCUGAUAGACGAGACUUUAGAGAAUGAUGUUCAGGUGAGGAAAGACUUGGUCACUGUAGAUUUAUGUGUUUUUUAACGAAGUUCUGUUGGGGUCAGUUUCUGUUUUAGUUUCUUGGUUGACUUCGAUGGUUCUGAAUCUCCUGUCUCAUUUAUUUUUCAUCAUUUUUGCUCCAGAAACUGAAUCUGAGGUCGUCCUGAGAAACUCCAAACUCCCAGCCCGUUUUCCCCUCCGCUCCUCCUCUCCCCAAAGUUCAGCUGAGGUGUAUUUUAGGUUUUUUUUUCAGUCCACGUUCACAAAGAAGCGCUUCUUUAACGUUCUCACUCGUGUCCUCUAGUGGCUCGGGUCCAUGACCCUGACUGUGACCUCUUCCUGGGGUAACGUUAGUCCAGAUCAUCCGUAUCUGUCUGGACCAACAUACCGUGUCUGUUAUCAAACCGCCCCCCCGGCUGUCCUCCAUGUUUCAGGUCCACCUCUGGACCCGUCUGUGUUCUCUGUUCUAUACUGAGACCAGAACCCGGUCUUGAGGCCCCUCCCCUCCUGGCUCCGCUCAUAGACUCCUUCUCUGUUUGUUUCUCUGGUGAAGGUCGGGUCCCAACGGUGAAGUGGUAUGCCAGGUGUUCAGCGAGUACGCCCGGGCCUGCGCCCACGCUGACCACCCACUGCACGACUGGAGGCGGCACAUUCCUCAGUGUGGUACGUUUCUCCAGGUGUUCCAAACAGCGGGCGGCGAGCGGAGACGAGGAGGAGUCUGGACGCUGGAGCUCAAACCAAACGGCUGAAUUUGAUACGAAAGAACGAGAAACUCAGUCGAUACUGCAGAACCACGCUGAAGAUUUCUGAGUCUCUCCUGAAAUACCAAGAAACUUAUUAACAUCACAUUUUUACGUUGAGCUCCAGUUUACAGUUUUCUGUUUAAACUUUCAGGUCAACAGAUAAACUCAGAAGUUAUCUGCUUUAUGACCUGGAUUUGUACAAACAGUGAUGUGAAUUUCAAUAUUAUUUUUUUUACUAACUAAAAUCAAAACACUUCAAUAUACAACAAACACAUAAAUAAUCCCAAAUCUGAAUGAAAGAA